AUGAGUUUAGAGUUAGAGUGGGAGUCUCCAUCAUCAUCACCUCCUACACCUCCCUCUCCACUCCCUAUUAGUUAUGGAGCAGGAAACAAUAGAUACUCUUUCUCAGCUUCUUCAACUCUAUCGCCACCUUUCUCGUCUCCUGAAAAUCUCUCCCUUCUGCAUGUGCCAUCUGUAUUUUCAGUGGAUUUCCAAGAUCCUCCAGAAUUGGAAUCCAAGAGUACAUGCCUCAAGGACUUGUUGGAAUGGUUUAUACAAAAAUGUUGCUGUUGCUGUAACAAAUUUCCUUCCAUCUCUCUAACACCACAGAGCAGGUCCAUGAUUCAAAGCAAUGAUCAAGAUUUUGUUGCCAUGUACAUUACAACUCCAAAACUUUCUGCUCAAACAACAUCUAACAUGCAUCUCGGUAUUUAG